CUUGUGCAUGAAUAGCACCGCCAUGGGUCAUUUUCAUUGGGGAUACUGAAAGUACCUUGAAAAAUAUGUAGUUUUAGAUGUCAGGGAGAACAAAUCCAGCUACACGAUGCUGUUCGAUGGGGAGACUUUAUGCUGCUGUGUAAUGAAAGCAUGUUUUAGUAGUUUUUGGGGCAUGUCUAUAUGCGUCUUAUGAAUCAAUGAUAAUGUGUGAGCCUGUGUGUUUGUGUAUAUAUUUGGCAGUGGUGACGCAAUCAGAAGGUUUCAGACAUUUGGAGCGGAGCUGCCCGGCAUUAGUGUGCGAGUUGUUGAAGACACUUGCCUCAGCUGAUGAGAACUCAAACAUGCAUCCUAGUAGGAAGAGAGGCGGCACCAGCAUAUACAGCUUAGACAUUGCUGCAGCAGGGGGAGCUGCAGAUGAUGGGGCUAUGGCAGAAUCUAGUAAUCCGAACAUGAGGCGGGUGAGAAGGCGGUUCUAGGCGUACAUGUAUGCCACUUAUAUAUAUAGCUUAAAUUGGGGACAGUGUGGAGAUUGUGAGAUUCCUUCAACUGACUGGCAUUGGUACUUUAACUAGGGUUGCUGGGUUUCUUUGUAGUGUGUUGUAAGUUUGUGGCCUGGGGUGGUUCAUCUCUUUGACUACGAGCUUGUUAGGAGGAAAAAGAUUGAUUUUUUUUUUUUGCUUUUGUUUCUAGCAUCUCGUUGCCGAUCAUGUUGCUUUUUGAGCCAAGAUAUGUGGAAUUGUAGCAGCAAGACAAUGCCUUGUAAUGUAACUUGUUAUUAGUCGUCUAAUACUGAAGAGGCCCUCUGGUGCAAUCUAAUCCAUCGUCCUCUCAGUGGGUUGACACUUGACAGACGAAAGGAAAAUAAAGCCUGUAGCGCCAGCCCGGUGGUUUGAGCAGAAGAAGCCAUGUCGACUCCUUUUGGGAUUAGGAAUUGGUGCACAUUGAUAUCAAAUAAUGAGUCCAAGUCCGCAGAGGAGAAGGAUUACUUGCCUGUCAUGGUGGGUCAGUCGGAGCCGGAGAAGCAUCCAUGGCGUAGUUGCGCCUCCAAGUCGGUGGUCGAGACAGUGACGGGGUCGCACAAGUUCAUUGUAGAGGGUUAUUCUUUGAUGAAAGGCAUGGGAACUGAUAACGACGAUGGUGGUACGGGCAUUCAUGCCUUGAUUGAUUUGAGAUUCUUGGAUAAGAGUGAGAAAGAGGGGCAUCAUGGACGGGAAACAGUGCAGCGCGGCGUGCCUGAGACUAUCAAGAAAGGACGCCUCUGGGGUUAUAUAUGCUCGGAAGCAGUGCUAGCAAGAAGGAAGUAUCUGCACAAAGAUUGCAUCGUCAUUGAAGGAACGGUCGGAGUUGUUACAACUCGCCAUGAACAAGUUGAAGGGGCCAAACAAGACGAUUCCAUUACUGUACCCGACUUCAACCUGGGGAACGGUUUCAAGGAACUGCUGGAAUCAGAAGUUGGUUGGGACGUAGUGUUCCGGGUUGGUGAUGAAACAUUCAGAGCUCAUAAGUCGAUCCUUGCUGCGCGAUCACCUUUAUUCAGAGCCCAGUUCUUCGGGUUAGCCAGGGAUCCUUACCCGAAUGAAGUUAUAGUGGAUGAUGUCCAUCCCUCCAUCUUCAAGGCGAUGCUGCUAUUUAUAUACACAGACGAACUUCCUGAUGUGCAUGAUACAACAAGCUCAUCGCGUUCGUCCACGUCGGAGGCUACCAACACGAUGCAGCAUCUGUUGGUUGCAGCUGACAUGUACAACUUGGACCGGUUGAAGGUGUUCUGCGAAUCUAAGUUAUCCGAGGAGAUCACCGCCCUAUCAGUGGCCACGACACUAGCAUUGGCCGAGCAGCAUUAUUGUGCGCAGCUCAAAGCUGUCUGCUUGAAAUUUGCAGUACAUCCACCAAACCUGAGAGUGAUGAUGCAGUCAGAAGGUUUCAAACAUCUGGAGGAGAGCUGCCCGACAUUGUUGCGCGAGUUGCUGAAGACAGUUGCAUCAACGGAUGAGGAUAGGGUUAUGGCAGAGUCUAUAAAUCCAAACAAGAGGCUUGCGAGGAAGCGUUUCUGGUUCAGGAGAAGGCAUGCAUAAUAUACAUAAAACUAAAACUAAUGUAGAGAAGGUGAGAAGUUAGGGAUUUGGGAGAUCCGAUCCCUUCAACUAACUGGUUUUAUUAAUUAACCAGGUUGUGGCAGUGUGUAGUUUGUUGUAAGUUCGAGGCCCGGGGCAGCUAUCUCCAUUCUUUGAGGCUAUGAGUUUUUUUAGGAAGUUGUAGGAGGUGGAAAAGUGGAUUGGGAAGAAAGGUUUUUUUUUUUG